AUGGCGGAGCAGGCUAACCCGGCCCCGGCCACGAGUCCCCCCCCAGGACGAUAUUCAUCACGAGUCGCUCCGGUCCAAAAGCUCAUCGACCAGUGGACACCUCUGCGACGUCCGACAAAGUCGCCUGAAGAGAAGUUCCAAGAGAAGUACAAGGAGGCACAAGCACAAUUUGAAGCGGCGGCGGCCUCAGCAUGCCUUGAACCUGAUACAGCUAGACUGGAUGCCGUCCAAUCCUGUAUUAACCAGUUGAAGGAACUGACGGCGGAGCGUGAAGCAAACAAGGACGAUGAAGAGAGUCAAUACCAGGAGUUGUUCCGGGAACAGCAGAAGGCUCUUCUUUUGGAGUUGCACGUUACUGUCGGGCCUGAACUGAGUGGCGAAGUGUACAGCGAACUCCGACAACUUGGUCAGUUACCUUUGAACGAUUCGGCUCGCUUGGAUGCUCCCGCUGGUCCAUCAACCGAGGUGGCCCCAAGCUCAUCCUACUUUACGCCCAAUGCAAGCCCUGUUUUACAGGCGGUCCGCCCGCCGAUUCCCAGAGCCCAGAACGAGUCCGCUCCCAUCCAUCCUACUGCCGAAACAUCGAGGGGUCAAGAGACACACACGAUCAGCCGACCUCAAGACGAAAGCCAACAAUCCUCGAAAGCCCAACAAAAGCGGCCUGCAAAUCCCCCUCAAGGGAGUCUCCCCCGUCCUCCAAAGCGUCCCCGAUCGAAUGCGCCUCAACCGCGAGGACCUCUUACCGGCGACCGAGCCAUCGACUUCGAUGACGUCUACCAAGACGGCAACGCCGCGACGAAAUACAUAAUUACAGAACACAAGGGCUUCUGGUAUAUCCUCGAGUGUAAGAACCACAAACUGCACUUCAUGAGCAACAACCCUAUCCACGGAGCUCGCAGGCACUUGACCGCUGGAACACACGGCCAUAUGAACGCCAAUUACGACGAGACAGUUCGUCUGCUCGGAACAAGAGUCACCAACUGCGAUGAAGGCAAAGUAAAGUUGAAUAAUCUGGCUGCGCAGAGACCUACGUACGCGCAGUAUGGUAGACCUCUCAGCAGUGUUUCAGCCGGGUCGGCGCAUUCCAACGAUGGGCCUCAGACACGAAGUACACAGUUCCUCACUGGGAUCGAUCCACAGCCUGGCGAGGUGUAUACUACCUUUUGGAAGAAGACGAAGCGAUUCUUUGCUAUUCUUGUGUUGCCGUGGGGUAGUUUUCGGCAGUUUGGCUGGGACAUGAAUCUCAUGGAUAACACGAGCCUGUUGAAGAAGAACAUCCCUGCCUGUUAUGAUUACGAUCCUGUUACUGGGGCGGUUGAGUGGACGGAGCACUAUCGGCCUGGCGGAAAGUACCACCAAAAGCGCAAAUAUCCGAUUAUGUACUUCGACGCACCUGUUUUUCCGUGGGAGUGCGCCAUUGGCUGGGUCGCUGUCAACGAGUUCCGCGCUUAUGAUCCUAACGACGAGGGGAUUGAUCAUAAAGACAAGGUUGACGAGUUUAUCCUACGCAUGAAGGAUAGAGACCGUUUGAGGAACGGUGAGGAGGAUUCGGGAGAAGCAGAACAUCAAGGUGACGACUUGGCGACGCGUGAUGUCUCAGAUGAGCAGCAGAGUGCUGCAGUCGAGCAGCCACCGUUGGGUUCAUGCAUGCGUUUAGCGAUCGAGAUUCCAGACGAUGAUAGCGACACUGAAGAGGGAUCCGGUUUGGUGCCUCAAUACGAUGACUGGACGGAGGAGGGGACACGGGUUAAGACCGAGCCGACGACCCAAGAAACUUCCGAUGGUGCUACGGCGCAAACGACUAGCAACUCGGCCGGCUCAGAGACGGUCAAUCAGUGGAAUGGCCUUGAUCACACACCUACUGUUCACAACUCCUAUCCCUCACUUGAUGCCAACGGCGUCCUUCAUCCUCCAGUACCAAACACUCCUACGGUUGAGAAUCCCGAUAUCUCUUCUUCGAGUGCACAUCUCAGACCUAUUGCUCAGAUGAGCAAUGACCUCCCAGUACCAUGCCCGAGCGGGCCCCAGCCGCGAGAACACCAAAAUGCUCCGAUCGUUGACGCCGGUCCCAGAGCGCCAGAAGCCGUAAUGGCUCCGGGAGAUCCCCCGAUAACGACCGGACAAGUUCCACUGGCAUCCAUGAUUGGCCACGCUGGGUUUGGGAAUUCUGCUCCGUUGAACUUGUAUGGCUAUCUAGCUCCUGGAUAUACCGCAAGCACGACUGCAGAUGGCGAAGGGAACAGCGAGCUGUCAUGGAAAACCCCUCCUCAGGCUGCAACAGAUGUAGCACGUGAACGUGAGAUAGACAUUCGCAACGCUGCCGCGCGACGGGCUAAUUGGCGGCAUCCCUUCGUCAGUGACGACACUGACUAA